GUAAUAAGUCAAAGAAAGCAACCAUGGUAAUCAAAAAGAAGAAAAAACCACAAAACCCACCAUCCAUCCCAGCUCGCCCUCUCACUCUCAGCAAGACGAAAUCCAGGGUGGCCGUAGCAGCAGCCAGCAGCUUGGGGGAUGGGUGACUGAUUGGUGAAGAAAAAAAAGAAGAGAAGAAGCACACAGAAAUCCAUUACAAUUACACAGAUAAAGAGUGCAUAUAUAAAUGGUCCCAGUGAUUACGCUGCUCUCUUCUUCUCCGCGUUUUCCACCUCAGUCCUCCUACAGCUAGCAGCUCCGCCUUUACUCAUCCCCAUCUCCAUCCCAUCCUUCCCCCAAGCAGCCACCAAGAGCCGCCGAAGAAGCCGAGAGCAAGGCGCAAUGGGCGACCGGGCGUACGCGCCGGCCGCGAAGCCGGUUCCCGUGCGCGCCACCAACGGCACCGCGAACGGCGGCGGCGGCGGUCCCCCGCGUCCCGCGCCGCCGUCCAUGCUGCCCGGCGGUCGCGUGCCCCCUCCGCCGAUGUACCGUCCGAAGCCCGCGCAGUCGCGCCCUCCGGCGCGCCGCCCCCGCCGGAGCGCCCGCGGGUGGUGCUGCGCGUGCUGCCUGUGGCUGACGCUGGUGCUGGUGGGCCUGGUGUUCCUGGGCGCCAUCGCGGCGGGGGUGUUCUACGUGGUGUACCGCCCGCGCCCGCCCAGCUUCGCGGUGACGUCGCUGCGCCUGGCGGCGCUGAACGUGUCGGACUCGGACGCGCUCACCUCCCGCAUCGAGUUCACGGUGACGGCGCGGAACCCCAACGACAAGAUCGCCUUCCGCUACGGCGACAUCGCGGCGUCCUUCGCCUCCGACGACGGCGCCGACGUGGGCGACGGCGUGGUCCCGGGCUUCCUCCACCCGGCGGGCAACACCACCGUCGUCCGCGCCGCGGCCUCCACCGCGUCGUCCACCAUCGACCCCGUCCAGGCGGCGGCGCUCAGAUCCAGAAAGUCCCACGUCAUGGCCGCGCAGAUGGACGCCAAGGUCGGCUUCCAGAUCGGGCGGUUCAAGUCCAAGAGCAUCAACGUGCGCGUCACCUGCGCGGGGGUCUCCGUGGGGCUCGCCAAGCCGUCUCCCGCCGCCGCGCCCGCGCCCGCGCCGGACGCGGAGCCGACCGUCGUGGUCGCCGCGGCGCCGGCGCCCGCCCGAGGCCGUGGGCGUGGGCGGUCGCCGCGGUCGGUCGUACGGACGUCGUCCUCCAGCGCCAGCGGCGGCGGAGGGAAGAUGACGCCGACGGACGCAAAGUGUAAGGUCCGCAUCAAGAUCUGGAUUUGGUCGUUUUGAUGGAUUCCAUUUGGGGCUUUGAGGAGGAGGAGGGGGGGCGGCGGGGUAGAGAGACAAAUUUUUUUUUUUGGUUUCCUUUCAACUUGUUUUUUUUCUUUCUCUCUUGCUUUCUUCUCUUGACAACAGUGUAUGUGGAUUUAUUGGAGUAUAGUCUAUAUGGUUUUUCAUUUCCGAUCCGCUUGUCCAUGCUGCUA